ACUCUUUUGUCUCUGAUCUCUCCAGUGUUGACGGAGGCGCCGCAGCGCAGACACCGGCGUCAGUUUGCGCGUCUCCCGGUACCCCUUCCUGCGUGUAUGCGCCCGAUGCUUGCCAUUGCUUUACCAUCAGAAACCGUUCAUCAGCAUUUACGGCUUCCUUUGUGGACUUCAUUUCAUUUGAUGUGACUGAAGUUCCAGCAGACUCGACUCUGAUCAUAUCGGGUUUUUCUCCGCCAGACUCACCGGAGGAUCCGCGGCUCUGCUCGGUUCGGUUUUGCUGAUUUGCAUCCAGUCAUCCGGUGUGGAUUCAGACUGCCCUGAUAACUUAAACAACUCCAGGGUCACGAUGUUUCAUGUUGAAGCUGGUGGGAUAAAGGUUCUAGUGGUUCUGCUGGUGUUUUCAGCGAACUUUGGUGUGUGUUCAUCUGAGUCUGCAGUGACGGUGCGGCGGGUCACUGCUCCUCCUCUCCGCCGUCCCCUGUCCUCCUCCGUCCUCCUGCCAUGUGUUUUCACUCUCCCGGCCGCAGCAUCCUCUCCUCCUCAUGGGCCCUUCAUCCACUGGACCCACGGGUCUGGAGCGCAGCAGCGGACGGUGGUGUCGGCUCGGGAUGGGGUGCUGCGGGUCCACCAGGCAUUCGCAGGACGCCUCCGUCUGCCCGGAUACUCCAAAAACCAGCUGAACGCCUCCCUGGAGCUCUCGCGACUCAGAUACAACGACAGCGGGACCUUCAGAUGCCACGUCGCUCUGGGGGAAAACUACGAGCAGGACACCGUACAUCUGGAGGUCACAGGUGUGGUGUUCCACUACAGUGGUCCAGCAGAGCAUUAUUCUCUGUCGUUCUGGGAGGCGUCUCGAGCGUGUGAGCAGAAUUCGGCAGUGAUGGCGUCGGCGGAGCAGCUCUGGGCCGCCUUUCACUCCAGCAUGAGCAACUGCGCAGCCGGCUGGAUCUCAGACCAGAGCGUCAGGUAUCCCGUACAGACGCCGGAGCUCGGCUGUUUCGGACACACUGAGUUCAGCAGAGGUGUGAGGAAUUAUGGGAAGCGUGACCCGUCAGAACUGUUCGAUGUUUACUGUUUUGCCAGUGACAUGGAAGGUGAAGUGUUUUCCUCAUCAGUGCCUGAUAAACUCACUCAUGCUGAAGCUGCGGCUCACUGUGAGUCUCUGGAUGCUCGUCUGGCCUCUGUCGGGCAGCUCUUUCUGGCCUGGAGGUCUGGACUGGAGCACUGUGGCCCGGCUUGGGUCUCUGACGGGACACUAAGGGUCUCUGUGGGCCCCCGGGGGUCUCAGUGUCCCAAUGAAGAGCCAGGAGUCAGAAGAGUUUCUCCUGCAGAGCUCAGCAACGGGACGAAGAGAUUCGAUGCUUUCUGCUAUAGAGUGAAGAAAGCCCAGAAAGCAUCUCUGCCGAACAUCAUGCAGUCUUUACUGAAGCCGAGCUCAGAGGAGCCGUCCACAUCUCCAACCUCCAGCACCGAUGGUCAGCCUGUGGUUGGUCUGGAUCCGUCAGUCCUGCAGGUCUCCAACUGGACUGGUCGUAUAGAUCUGGACACUGAGUCUCUGCCGGCCGCGGAGCCUCUGGAGCUCUCAGAUGAGUAUCUGACAGUAUUUCUGCGAGCUGGAGACUCGAACCUGGACUGGAGCCAGCAGAUGGACACAGAAGAUCCCUCUAUCCCGGAUCAGAGUCCUGGAGGAUCAGCCCAAGAAGAAGAGGAGGAGGAUGAAGGUCUGUCGGGUCACUCAAGUCCUACGGCUACUCCAGAAAAAAGUAAGAGCUCCAUCAAAAACAUUGUGGACUCCUUGUGGAAACCCUGGAGUUAUUUAACAGGAGGAGAUUCAGAGGAGACGACAACAACCAGGACACCUGAGAUGAAGACCAGCUCUGCUCCUGGAUCAGGCCUGAUGUCCUGGUGGAGUCGCUCAUGGUUGUCUGUUCCUUCAUCCAUCACUGAUAAAAUCAUCUCUCCUUCAACAUCCGCGAGUUCAGUCUCACCGACGUCAGUCCUGCCAACCAGAGAGCAGUCUGUGAACCAGACCAGUCCACCAGCGCAGGAUGCUCCGCUGACCACUGUAGACUGGGUCAUAGUGACUGAACUACCAAAGAAAACCAAAAGCACCGCGGCCGUAGUGUCCACCGAGAGCUUCUCUGGAGAGAGUCGAGUUCUGGAGACUGAGGGCAGCUCAUGGGGAGAUUCAGAGUCGCUGACGCUGGAGACAUCCAGCAAUGCUUUAUUCAUUAACACUACAGACCACACGCUGACUGAUUCAACAACCAACCAACCAAAACCCACUGACGCCACCACCAGCAGCAGCAGCACCACCAGCAGCAGCACCACCACCAGCAGCAGGACAGUUCAUGGACACGAGGCUCGAGGAGAAAUCCAGUACAGACGCAGAAACAGAGGCAAGAAACCCAACCAGACCACCACUGAAAUGAGCACCACCCCUGUCCAGGACACCACCACACCAUUCGUCCAGAGUACCACAGACAUCCAGAGCUCCCCAGAAAUCCACAGCACCACCGCACCAUCAGUCCAGACCACCGCAGACAUCCACAGCACCACCGCACCAUCAGUCCAGACCACCGCAGACAUCGACACCACCACCUCACCAUCAGUCCAGACCACCGACGACAUCCAAAGCACCACCUCACCAUCAGUCCAGACCACCGACGUCAUCCAAAGCACCACCUCACCAUCUGCAGACACCAUUAACACUGAAACCACUGGAAUGAGUAUCUCCACAUCUGCAGAUCAGACAGUCUCUGGAACGACAGCGUUUAUUGAACAGCAUCUGAGCACCACCGAGACCAUCAGAACCAAAAGCUCCACUGGAGAAGCAGAGGACGACAGAUGCAGUUGUCUUCACGGAGGGACGUGUCUUCCUCAUGGAGAGGGUUUCCGCUGCUUCUGUCCGCAGGGUUACUCUGGAGAAAGCUGUGAGAUCGAUGUGGACGACUGUCAGUCGAACCCCUGUGAAAACGGCGGGACCUGCAUUGAUAAAGAGGACUCCUUUGUGUGUCUGUGUUUGCCCAGCUACAGCGGAGACCGAUGUGAGAGAGACACCGAGGGCUGCGAGCACGGCUGGAAGAAGUUUCACGGUCACUGCUAUCGUCUGUUUCCACGACGACACACCUGGGAGGAUGCAGAGAAGGCCUGCAGAGAGCACAGCAGCCACCUGACCAGCAGCACAUCCUCCAUGGAGCAGGACUUCCUCAACGGUCUGGGUCAUGAAAAUGUUUGGAUCGGUCUGAAUGAUCGUACAGUUGAAGAGGAUUUCCAGUGGACUGACGGCCUGGAUGUUGUGUAUGAGAACUGGCGUGAGAAUCAGCCGGAUAAUUUCUUCGCUGGUGGAGAGGAUUGUGUGGUGAUGAUCACUAGAGAGGACGGAAAGUGGAACGAUGUGCCCUGCAACUACAAUCUCCCUUACGUCUGCAAGAAGGGAACAGUGAUGUGUGGCACUCCUCCAGCUAUAGAUAACGCCUAUCUAGUGGGCCGCAGACGCUCGCACUAUGACAUCCACGCUGUAGUGCGAUACCAGUGCGCUGACGGCUUCUUCCAGAGACACGUGCCCACCGUCCGAUGCCGGCCCAACGGGACCUGGGAGAGACCCAAGAUCAUCUGCACCAAAUCACGGCGAGCUCACCGCUACCGUCGGCAACACCACAGAUCUCGGCGCGAACACCGGAGACAUCGAAGACAUGGAUCUGGGCACAGGGGGCGGGAUUAAACCACAGGAGGCGGAGCUAACGUGCAGGAGGCGUGGCCUAUGACCCUUUGACAUCUGUUCCUGUGUUUCCAGGUCAGAGGAAGUGAGACAGAUGGAAAGGACAGAAACAGUUUCGUUUGAUUUUUACCUGUUUUUAGCUCUAAUUAUCAUACCUAAUGUUUUUCAUCUCGACUGAAGGUUAUUUCACGCAGACAGGCGAAAUUAACGCCUCAUUCUGCUCUUGAUCUUUUGUUUUUGGGUAGUUUUCGGUUUUAAUAUCUCAUGAUUUUUGUUUGGCUUUAGAUUUUUUGGGAACGUAAUGCUUUAAUGAAAUACUGAAUGUCCAAAAUGCCCAAAAUGAAAGAACGUCAACCUUAAUUUGUAAAAUAAGACGCUCUUCGAGCCUUUUAACGGCACAAUCAUCAAUUCCUGUGCUCCUCAUCUUCUUCUUCAUCAUGUUGAGUGUUUGCUGAUUGUUUGGUUUGUAUUUCAGAUCUUCCAUUAUUGUGAAAUGUUGGACUAGAAAUGUAGUGAAAGCUGUUAUGUUUUACUAUAAUGAAGAAAAGGCAACAUGCAGGUCUUUAAUGAGCCCCAAAAUUAAAAGACAUUGUUUUUUUGCGUAAA